AGUGUAGCGUGACUAUUGUUGUGGCAGGCACCAGACAGCGCGCCACAGUUUGCAAACAUCACGUGGUAGUGGACUCUCCAGCUCCAAGACAAAAUAAAAUCAACAUUAACAAUAGGGCCACGCUUCAUAAAGAAGACAACAGGUGAAGGAACACAAAGUUGCAUAGAGUCAGUCUCAGGAACUUCAAGUGAUAUGGCAACUUGCUAAAUGACCAAAUACUGUGUACAGGAGAGAAUCUUUAAGCUGUCUUUUAUUCUUGAAAACUCCUUCAAACUGCAAGAUUUUUGCAGUUUGUAUUUUUAGAUUUGCCCUUGAAUACUAAGGUGGUGUACGAGGAGAAUUGAUUACAUUUUUCACAUUGUCUUCCCCCCUCAUACAAUAAUGGCAUCCAAGAAAAGAUCACUCUCUGAUGACUAUAGUAUAGCAAGUGUUGCAAAGCGCAGGCAUUUUCCACUUACAAUAGCAGAAAAAGUGGAAAUUUUGAAGAGAAAGUAUGCAGGAUUUCCUAUGAAAACUAUUCGUGAGAAAUUUAAUGUAUCUGUGACCACCGUUUAUGAUAUAAAAAGACAGGAGGACAAAAUCCUGAAAACUUAUGCUGAAAGUGACUACAUUACAAUACAUGAUAAGAAGCUAAUGAAACUAGCCAAAAAUAUGUGCAAGGAAAUGAAGGCUAAAGCUUUAAAACAUCCAGUCAAUAGUGAGACAUACAAAUAUUUUAAUAAUGUUACAGAAAAUGGCUUAUUUUUAUCAUUUUGCGAGGAUAAUUAUGCUCCAACACACAAACCCACUGAAGAAACAAGACUUGAUUUUUUGUGGAGCGAGAGUGAGUAUGAGAGUGACACCGAGUGUGAUAGUGAAAGCAACAGUGAGAGUGACUGUGAUGAGUCCCAGGAGAAGACUUCCAUGGAUGAGGGAAUGCAGCCAUUUAAUAUUUCCAUUAUUGAGGGAAUACAGGCCUCUGGGAAUAUUUCCUUGAAUGAGGGAAUACGCCUUGGUAAAUGCUAUAUUAGCUUUCUUGAGGAGAGGAGCUUUAUGACCUCAAAUAAUUUUAAAAGUAUUAACAGGAUUCAGAAGAAACUGAGAAAGGAAAUUUCCAUGAAUGCUGGAAUACAAUCUCAGGAGAAUAUUUCCAAUAAUGAGGAAAUACAGCCACAGGCAGGUAUUUCCACGUAUGAAGGUAUACAAUCUCGGGAGAAUAUACCCGAUUUACCGAUUAUGCCCAAUAAUGAAGAAAUACAGCCGCUAGCAGGCAUUUCAUUGAAUGAGGAAAUACAAUCUCAGAUGAAUAUUUCCAUUAAUAAGGAAAUACAACCACAGCCAGAUAUUUCCAUGUAUGAGGGAAUACAACUUGGCAAAUGCUAUAUUCGCUUUCUUAAGCAGAGGAGUUCUAUAACUCAGGAGGAUAUUACAAAAAUGUCUAAGAUUCUGGAUAAACAGAUAAAGCAGUGGCCAAAAAACAUCCAGCAAGCAACAAUUCUGGACUUCUUUAAGCAGGUUUCCAAGAAAUAAAUAAUAAAAGAAGCUGGAGAAUAUUAUACCCAAGUCCUAUACAGGACUGUAUACAAUAUUGUAAAUUCUCCAUUACUGUAUCUAUCGAGUACAAUACUGUACACGACUCAACUUGCUUUAGUGCAAUUGUGUGUUCCAAAUGUAGACCGCUACACACUAAAGGUGUGUGCACAUAGAGAUGAGGACAGGCUGGAUAACUACAAUCGAGGCCUCAUUUCUUUUAAGUCUACCUUGCAAGUAGAGUAUUUUAUGUAAUUGCCGUGAGUGAGCAUUUUAUAAGGAUGUAGAGAUUACUGUGUCAUCCAAAUUUUCAUAGGUGAUCAGUGACAAAAUACAGUAUAGGAUAUAUUAUACAAGGAGGGUGAAAAAAUCAGUAGGACCUAUGGGGAGGAUUUGAACCUGUGCUCUGGGUACUCCCAAGCAAACACCUUAGACCACUACACCACAACAUGGUAAAAGCAUUGCAACCUGGGAUUCAAAUGAAUCCUCUAGAUUCCAGGAGGCUUACACUGAAGCCUAACCCGUGUUUCAAGGAAUGCCCUCUAUACGCUGGCUUAUAGUCUAGGAAUUCUACCUCCCACACUUUUCAAAUGCACAAAGAAAUCACUAUACAGGGGGUUAUUCAAGGAAGGUAUCUAAUUAAAUAAAUCAGGAAUAAUGGUCUUCCCCUCUACCUUUCUCCCACUUUGUCUCCCAUUCUCACACACUGUUGGGUUUUCCCACAUGAAACAUCAGAGCUGUGCCAAGCAAUUUACUUUGCCAAGUGAAGUCAAGUAAAUCAAACCUAUUAUUUUUCUAUUGCAUAGUAUACUAUUUAAGUACCCAUUUAAUUUUGUCAUAACUUUACACAAAAGCUAACUAUAAACAUUCAUUAAAGCAAAGUAAAUGCUGCAGAUACUUUAUAAUGAAUAAUGAAGUGAAUAUGAGAACUGGCUCAUUGCCAUAUACUUUCCGCACUGCAUUUUUCAGCUAGUGCAUUGUUAAUUUCGGUUAUUUUUAUUAGGUUGCACAAGUUAUAAUUCAAGUAUUAAAUAGUGCUAAGAGUGCACCUCUUGUUUACUCUAUACUGUAAUUUAAUUAAAAUGUUAAGUUUAUGUACAAAACAGUAUGUACUUCAAUGAACCUUCAAAACUGUAAUAUUUAACAUGUCACUAUAUAAUUAACUAUUUUGCAAAUCAUUGUGUGUUCACUUACUCAAAGUGUUUAUUCACAGUAUUUGUAAUGUUAAGUACAGUACAAGUGACUAGUUGCUCUCACUCUCUCUCUUGAGUGUGCCACUCUAGUGUUAAAAUACUGUAAAUGUAAAGAAUGCGUGUUAUGUAGACUUUUGUAAAAUAUACAGAUAUACUGUACUGUAUAUUCUUGAAUGAUUCUAACUCUACAUAAUAAAAUCAAAUAAUAAAUGAAUUGUGUGUGUUUUUGCUGCCAAGAGCUGUAUUUGAAUUUUGACAUUGUGAUCACCAACAAUUGACAAAUAGUGUCCCAAAUAAUCUAAAUGACAUUUAGAUACAGUAUUCAGGGCUAUUAUUUGUAUCGGUCUAAUUAUGGGGCAUUUUUAUGGACUUUCAGAAAAAUAAUUUUGGAUAGCAUUGACUGGCUGUAAUUCAAGAAACACAAAAGUCAGAGUGAGGACUAAGUAAAAAGCCACUUAUAAAAACUACUUUUAUGAAUAUAGUGACAUGUUAAUUUAUAAAAAAAAUAAAGAAAAUGUAUAAUUUCCCAAAACCUUGAAGCCUGAUGAUUGGUUAUAAUACUCAAGUGCUGUAUAGCAGAUUGUUGGGUGUCUUAAUAUUAUACUGGUAGCCUAUGUGGCGUGGUGCUCUUCUUGUGAUACUGUAUAUAUAAUUAAUCAUUCAUUUGCUAUUAUAAUGAAACCUUGUAAGUCGUGAGCAUGUUCUCUCUUCUGGCCUUUUUUUGGUUUAUGAAUGCAAUAACUUAAGAGAUACACAGUUAUAACUUGAGUAGUUAUGAGUAUGUUACUUGAAAAUAGUUAAAUGUCAGAAUAGGACUCAUAUACUUUUAUAUUAUUUAAUAGCAACAGAAUAAAAUAUUUUUGUAUUUUAUGAUUACUAUUCUUGAUAAUAAAGACUAUAGUACUGUCUUG